AUGUCGCCUCGUCGGCGACUGAAGCAACCCACAGGCAGAGCCCCCAGUCCUAAGAUUCCGGACCCUUUAGACGACGGCGCCUGCUUCCACGAAGAGAUGAGCACUGGUUCUGAGCACGAAGUCGACGAGCCCAUGAGCACGGAGUCUGUCCACGAGGAGACGGGAGCUGGAAAUCCCGGAGCACUAGACACCGAAUCUAAUUUGCAGCAUCCGCGACGCAGGGAAAAACCGUGUCUAUCGAAUAUGCCUCUCGAAAUCAGGCUUGCGAUAUAUAAAUACAUUCUCGUGACGAACUGCCCUAUUCGAGUUCAUUCGGGCUGGAGAUUUGUUUUUAAAAGACAGUCUCUGGGAAUCCCGACAGGGAUCUUGCGCACAUGUUCGCAAAUAUAUAAGGAAGCGAUCGGCGUGUUGUACGGCGGCAACAAGUUUCUGUACGUGCUGCGAGAUCACGUCGCAAGGGUCACCGACGUUGACCGACUGGCGCAAAUCGACGACCCCGACGCACCGUUCCCAAUCAACGGGGACAUAGAUGAGGACUACGACGUAGAAGAUGAAAACGAUCCCGACUGGCGGGAGGAGACCAGUGGCCAAAAUGGACUGCCGAGACGAAGUUCGAGGCGUCGAGGCGCCAGAACAGUACAGAGAGACAUCAAUAUUGAUAAGUAUUCCUGCCUCUUUCAGAAUAUAAUUGUUGAAGCGGAACAAAACCGCUCCUUCGAAAGGUCCAAGAAGCUCAUGGCGAAUGCACUGAACCUCUUCAAAUACGACGACCGAGCCAACCGCCACCGCGUUUUUAACAUACAUACUUUGACAGUUAGGGUGACGCCAAAGUGGGAGCCUCCAAAGGAAGACAACGGCAGCGGACACUACACCUUUGUAGACUUUUUCAACAGAGGGUCGCCCGUUAUGGAGGCAGUUUGGCGCAUUCAUUGCCAGUUUCUACUUGUGGACGUUAUGGGUUGCAGCGGAGACGGGGGUAUUUAUCUCGGACGCCAGUUCAAAAUAGACAUGAGGCAUUUGCGACUAGAUAAUGAGGCGAAGCGCACGAAUAUAGAUGCAUGGAGGAACGACAAGGUAAUUCAGAGACAACGGAUGGCAUUUGCGCGCAGGACGUUCAAGGCAUUGGCCACACUGGACAGGCACGUUGCUGCGACUUGUGAAGAGCAUCUGGAGCAAACCUUGCCUGGGGAUGACUGGGAUGAAUGGGCUGGUGUGGUAUGA